AUGAGAAUCACCAAGGAACAGGCUCAAGGGGUCUUGAACAAAGCUGCCCUCCGCUCUCGUGGCCCAGGAGGUGCCAUCGCUGUCGUCAAAGAUGGCGAGGUCAUCGGCCAACGCGUGUGGGGAUUCGCCGACCUGGACCAACGGAUCCCCAUGACAGCCGAAACCCAACUACCCAUCUGUUCAAUUACUAAACAGUUUGUGUGUGCGCUAUUGAUCGACCUGGAGCGCAACCCAACCCCGACAUUAGCCGCAAAGGGCGAUGUCCGGAAGCAGCUCUCAGAUCAUCUCACCGAACUGGUAAGCCCGGAGCUUACCCGUGACGGUGAACUCACAAUUGAUCGACUAUGUGACAUGCAAUCCGGUGUGCGCGACUAUUGGGCUAUGACCACACUAUGGGGGUCCAAGCCUGACGACGAGUUUCUGAUCGCCAGAGACUGCGGUCCACUGAUUGCUCAAACCAAAUCAUUUCAUUUCGAGCCGGGAACGGAAUUUUCCUACUGCAAUUUCAACUACCAUGUAGUUGCCCGAGUGAUUGAGCGAGCAACUGGCGAGUCGCUUGACAAAUUGCUCGAAGAGAGAAUACUCCGCCCGGCUGGUAUGAGCACGGCAUUCCUGUGCCCCAACACCGCACAUCACCCACCGCCGUGUGUUGGAUAUGAGGGCGAUGAGCAGCACGGGUUUACAGCGGCUAUCAACAGAAUGGAAUGGUCUGGUGAUGCUGGACUAGUGGCUUCGCUCACUGAUAUGAUCGCGUACGAGAAAUAUCUCGAUCACUGCUACGCUGAUCCACAGAGCUGGUACCAUACCGCUAUCGCUGAUCCGAAGUUCAAAGACGGUACUCCGGCAAGGUACCGCUAUGGGCUAAGUCACACUGACAUUGACGGUGUGAACACGAUCGGACAUGGUGGAGCGUUGCGAGGGUAUCGACUGCACCGGCGACACUCACCACGCGACCGCUUGUCCGUCGUCGUUAUGUUGAACAGUGACAGAGACGCAUUCGGUCCCAACAUUGAGAUCUUCCGAGAGCUUUUAGGACUACCAAAGCCUGUAACGGCACCCAUCGAGUCGGUUGCGGAUUGGGUCGGCGCGUUUCUUGAUCGGGAUACUCAGCUGUCGAUUGUCAUAGCCAAGGGCGCACGGGACGGAGAGGUGAACAUCAAAUACGAUGGCUCUAUUGUAACUAUCAAACUUAGUACACCAAAUCAUGGGAAGUCUGAUUCUAUGGUUGCGACGAUUGAUGGAGAUUUCUUGAAUAUUCAUCGUGUGGGAGAUAAUCGGAUACUCAGUGCUCGGCGUAUUGUUCCGAAAGAAUCAACCCUUAAAGAGAGUUCAUUCCAGGGUGUUUAUCACGGUGCUGAGAUUGAAUCUACCUUCCAUUGCAUUGGCGAGGAUGGCAUGCUAUACGGUGCGUUUGAUGGAUAUCUGGGUCAAGGAAAUGCCACUCCAAUGAAAUAUCUGGGAGAUGAUGUCUGGGUCUUGACUUGUCCACGUGGUUUGGAUGCACCAGCUCCAGGAGACUGGACCAUUGUCUUUUCUCGAGAUGAGCAUGAUGCAAUUCAAGGGUUUACGAUUGGUUGCUGGUUGGCUAGGAAGGUUGAAUUUGUGAAGAAAGCCUGA